AUGCCGGAUAAAGAUGCACAGGAUGGCGCUCAACUAUACAACAAUACACAGGACCGCGCUCAGUUUAGAAAAGAUGGUGCUGAAAUCAACAAAUUUGACGCUGCUCCUUCUGGGACUUCUGGGAAAGAUACUCCGUCUCACCCAAUCAAAUUGGAUCCUUCAGUAGUACCAUCAAUUCCCAACCCAAAGCCUACCAUUAAAACACUCCCAAAAACUACUUUGUAG